ACAGUCUCUGCCUCCUAAACAUAGAAUAUAGAACAGUACACAAGAUAGACACAAAAAUCUGGAGUAACUCAGCGAGCCAGGCAGCAUCUCCGGGGAGAAGGAGCAGGUGACGUUUCGGGUCGAGACCCUCCUUCAGACCCGAUACGUCACCCAUUCCUUCUCUCCAGAGAUGCUGCCUGUCCCACUGAGUUACUGCAGCUUUUUUUGUGUCUUCUGUUCUUCUGUUCAAAUCAGCUUCAUCAAUUGCUUCCUACUUAAUGCAUCUUUAUGUUUUAUUCAUUUCAGGAGGAAACCUCUCGGAAGAGCAGGCUUAACGAAAUAGAUCAGAAAGUGUCGGUGACUGGAGGCAGCCUCUCGAUGGGACAUUUCAACUGCACUUUGCCGUUUGCAGUGUGGAGAGAAUAUAUUGACACUGUUAAAUCUGACUCUGUGACCCUGGAUGAGGAUAGCGCGCAUCCGGAGCUCGAGGUGUCCGGCAGCCUGAUGAAUGUGAGAUUGACCAGGGUCAGGAGAAGCCUCGGCAACAACAGGAAGAGGUUUAUGGAAUGUCUCUGAGCGCUGGGAUCGGAGGGAUUCACAUCGGGGAGACGUUACUGGGAUGUGGAGGUGGCGGGGAGUCGCCGCUGGAGUCUGGGAGUCGCCGCAGAGUUCAGCCGGAGAGGAAGAGACGGGUCGACCUGAAACCAGAGGAAGGAUUCUGGACCAUCGAGAGAUAUCGCGAGGAUGUUUCCGCAAGCAAUUCUUCCCAGAUCCCUCUCUCAGCCGGUCCCGUCCCUGGGAGGGUGGGCGUUUACCUCAGUUACAAAUCGGGGACAGUCUCAUUUUAUGAUGCAGACACCAAGUCCCACCUCCACACGUUCACCGGGAAUAAAUUUGUGGGGAAAAUGUAUCCCUUCUUUGGUGCUUGGGAUGAAAAUCAAUGCCUGAAGAUAUGUUUCAUUCCCUGCUCGAAUCAGUAAAAGGGUCGGGUCCCGGGACCGGCGUCAUGAGCGGGGCUGAUGUGCUGUGGGGCAGAAACCGUGUGGAAAAAUGGUUGGCGCUGAACCGGUUGCAUUUAAUCCCCAAAUUUUGCGUCGGAAUAGUAUAAAUAUCAAUGUGGGUUUGUGUCUUUGCGCAUUUGUUCAUUGGAUCAUCAUUAGUAAAGGAAUGGCGUGUGUGAGAUUAGUCACAACAUUCUGGGCUAACUCAGUGGGGACAGGCAGCAUCUCUGGAGAGAAUGAA